ACGAGGACACUCCACCCAGUCCAGGACAAGUCCAGUCUUCAUUUUUCCGGGAGCUUUUUUAAGUAAUUUUCUUCCUUUUUUUCCCUCUUUGGCUUCUGUCACCUGACCUCCUCUUCUCAAACUGACACCAUGGACACAUCUGCAGUGGUGACUCUCCUGGCUGUGCUUAUAGCGAUGGCUGACAUCAGUCAAGCUCUUCACAUCCAAGGGGGUCCGGACAAAAACAACAUGCUGCCAGACAGCUUUGAGGAGAACAUGGCUGACCGCCUGCUCGGGCUGGAGAGUGAAAACACAGAUAACAUUGAUGAUCGUCUGCUGACCUCAGUGCUGCGAACUCUGCUGCUCGGAUCUCAGAGAGAAACCAGGAACUCCGUCCUCCAUCAGCCACAGAGGUUUGGCCGUGGAUUCAAGGGACAGCUGGCGGUGGAGGAGCAAGUACAGCCCCGUAACUGGGAGGCAGCCCCGGGUCAGAUCUGGAGUAUGGCCGUGCCCCAGAGAUUUGGCAAGAAAUAAUCCAGCGGGGCAGAUUUACACAUCGCCGUUCUGGUACAAGGCCAAGCAGAGGACAAAAUGGGAAGAGACUAAAAUUGAAUGAGAUUAGGAGGAGAGAAUUGAAUGAAUCAGCAUUAUACUGAAAAUUCUUCUUUUCAACAUCUCCCCGACCCCUUAGGCCUGACACCUGAUGCUUCCUUAAAGGUUUUUUUUCCCCUAAUUUCUCACUCAUCAAAGCAUGUUGACUGUUGCCUAUUAAAGUUUUCUGAGCAGACCUUAUUAGUCCCGACUUGAAUGUUACUGAGAACCACACGUUUUUGCUGUAAAUGAUUGCCUUAUGUUCCUUUUUUAUAUCGUUUUGUUCUCUGCGCAAAUAAAAGAGCUUUUUAAUUUGGAGAACGCUUAA